ACCGUAUUAAGCAUUAACCCGUAAAAUAAGUCAUCAAAAUCAAACGGUAAAGUUUCCAAUUCCCAAAAUCCUGGCAACGGCCCACACUCCAUGACCAUAGCUAGUAGCGUGUCCGGCCCAGCGGAGUGGGCUCAUGCUCCUUCACGCUGCGCUCACAUGUACCCGCUGAUUUCCCUCCUUCCUCUCCUUCCCCUUCCUUUAUAUCUCUGCUUCUUCCCCCCAACCACUGCAGCACAGCAGUAGCUCAGCCAUUACUGAGAGAGAGUGAAGUGGAAGCAGAAGAAGAAGAUGAAGCCGCUCUCUCUCCCUCACUCCUCUUCCACAAUUCUUCUCCUCCUUCUCCUCUGCUUCCAUGGCGUCGUCGCCGCCGCCUCUUCCAACUCUUCUUCCUCCUCCGCCCCUUCCAAGAUUGGGAAAGGCUACCGCCUAAUCUCCCUCGAAGAAACUCCCGACGGAGGAUUCCUCGGCCACCUCCAAGUCAAGCAGAAGAACAAAAUCUAUGGCGCCGAUAUCCCCACGCUCCAGCUCUUCGUCAAGCACGAAACGGACGACCGGCUGCGGGUUCACAUUACGGACGCGGAGAAGCAGAGGUGGGAGGUUCCGUACGACCUCCUCCCGCGAGACCAGCCGCCGGUGGCGAAGCAGACGAUAGGGAGGUCGAGGAAGAACCUAAUCGGCGUCCAGGACUACGCGACCUCAUCCGGCGAGCUGAUUUUCAGCUACACGGCGGACCCGUUCAGCUUCGCCGUGAGGAGGAAGUCGACCGGGCAGACUCUGUUCAACACCAGCUCCGGCGGCCCGUUCGGGCCAAUGGUUUUCAAGGACCAGUACCUGGAGAUCUCCACGAAGCUUCCCGAGGACGCGUCGCUGUACGGCCUCGGGGAGAACACGCAGCCGCACGGGAUCAAGCUGAACCCCGGGGAUCCGUACACUCUGUACACGACCGACAUAUCGGCGAUUAACCUGAAUGCGGAUCUGUACGGGUCGCACCCGGUUUACAUGGACCUCCGAAACGUGAAGGGGAAGCCUUAUGCUCACGGGGUUUUGCUGUUGAACAGCAACGGGAUGGAUGUUUUCUACAAGGGGAGUUCGCUAACGUACAAGGUGAUUGGGGGCGUUUUCGACUUUUACUUCUUCGCCGGUCCGAGUCCUUUGGGCGUCAUCGAUCAGUACACUUCUUUGGUUGGCAGACCGGCCCCCAUGCCUUACUGGGCUUUCGGAUUCCACCAAUGCAGAUGGGGAUAUCACAACCUCUCAGUGGUCGAAGAUGUGGUUGACAGCUACAAGAAGGCCAAGAUCCCACUCGACGUGAUCUGGAACGACGAUGAUCACAUGGAUUUCCACAAGGACUUCACCUUAAGCCCCAUCAGCUACCCUCGCGAGAAGCUGCGAGCCUUCCUAGACAAGAUCCACGGAAUCGGCAUGAAGUACAUUGUCAUCAUUGAUCCUGGGAUCAACGUCAAUUCCACUUACGGCGUUUACAACAGAGGCCUCGCAGAUGACGUGUUCAUCAAGUACGAAGGCCAGCCUUACCUGGCUCAGGUAUGGCCUGGAGCAGUCAACUUCCCCGACUUCCUCAACCCUAAAACUGUCUCAUGGUGGGGGGACGAAAUCCGUCGCUUCCACGACAUGGUCCCUGUCGACGGCCUGUGGAUCGACAUGAAUGAAGCUUCCAACUUCUGCUCCGGACUGUGCACAAUCCCCAAGGGGAAGAAGUGCCCGACGGGGACCGGCCCGGGUUGGAUAUGUUGCUUGGACUGCAAGAACAUUACCAAGUCCAGGUGGGACGACCCUCCUUACAAGAUCAACGCCUCAGGAUUGCAGGCGCCAAUUGGUUUCAAGACCAUAGCCACCAGCGCAGUUCAUUACAACGGCGUGUUGGAGUACGACGCACACAGUCUCUACGGAUUCUCGCAAUCCAUUGCUACCCACAAGGCGCUUCAGGGUCUUCAGGGGAAGCGCCCCUUCAUCCUUUCGCGCUCCACCUAUGUCGGAUCGGGGAAAUACGCUGCUCAUUGGACCGGCGACAACCAAGGGAACUGGGAGAAUUUGAAAUACUCCAUACCCACAAUGCUCAACUUCGGCAUCUUCGGUGUGCCGAUGGUUGGUUCAGAUAUAUGCGGGUUCUACCCUGCUCCAACGGAGGAGCUCUGCAACCGUUGGAUCGAAUUGGGCGCUUUCUACCCGUUCUCCAGAGACCACGCCAACUUCUACUCGCCGAGGCAGGAGCUUUACCAGUGGGAAUCGGUUGCCGAGUCCGCAAGAAACGCUCUUGCCUUGAGGUACAAGCUUCUGCCGUACCUCUACACGUUGAGCUACGACGCUCACUUGACGGGAGCUCCCAUCGCCAGGCCGGUUUUCUUCUCGUUCCCUACCUACACCGAAUGUUACGGGCUGAGCACGCAGUUCUUGUUAGGCAGCGGCCUCUUGAUUUCUCCGGUGCUCGAGCAGGGGAAGACGCAAGUGAAGGCGCUGUUCCCUCCCGGUUCGUGGUACAGCAUGUCCGACAUGUCUCGAUCCAUCGAUUCGAAGGGCGAGUACUACACGUUGGACGCGCCGUUGCACUUCAUCAACGUGCACUUGUAUCAGAACACAAUUCUGCCGAUGCAGAGAGGCGGAAUGAUUUCGAAGGACGCCAGGACGACGCCGUUCAGCCUCGUCGUGACCUUCCCUGCUGGAUCUACCGACGGAGCGGAAGCGAGAGGGAGUUUGUUUAUGGACAACGACGAGCUUCCGGAGAUGAAGCUAGGGAACGGCGAAUCGACGUACAUUGAGUUCUACGCUACCGUCAGUAAAGGGAGCGUGAAGUUGUGGUCGGAGGUGCAGGAAGGGAAGUUUGCGUUGGGGAAAGGAUUGGUCAUUGAGAAGGUGUCGGUGUUGGGGCUGGGUGGAAGUGGGUCGUCGCCGUCGGAUGUUCAAGUCGACGGGAAUUCGGUCUCUGCGGCGGUGGCUUCGAAGGUGCAGGUGAGGUCGGUGGAGCAGAUCGGCGUUGCGUCAUCGGCCGGUGGAGAUGAGAAGGCGAAGAAGAGUUUGCUGGUGGAGGUGAGUGGGUUGGAGAUUCCGGUGGGGAAGAACUUUGCUAUGACGUGGCACAUGGGAUUGUAGAUUCUCUCUUGCUUGGAAGGUUUUUUUUUAGCAGUUCGAGUGGAGAAGAUGAAGAAGAAGAAGAAGAUGAUGAUGUACUGUAUUUUGUAUCUUAGUGUAUGUGGCAAUGGGUCGGGUUUUAAUUAGGUCGGUGUUUUCGUUGUUUCCGGGUCGGGUAUCUCUCGGUUGCCUACGCAUUUUGCUUGGAGAGAAGAAGAGACUUGAGCUUUGAAAAGGACUUGGCUCUCUCUCAUUCUUCUCCUUGCGAGCUAAGUUAUUUUCAGAUGUGCAUUCUGCUGCCAUGAAAAUUGAUAAUGCAGAAAUGUCAGGUUCCUUUGGUUUUGUUUAUGGCUUCCGGCUCUGUAAUUGUUUUUUGAUGAACAAUCACAAAAAAACAAUUUAAAGAGUUUGAUGGAUUUAGCUGGGUAUUCUUGAAAUGUGAGGACUUAAUCCACAGAAGAACUAUUACUCUUCAAACUCCGGUAUUAUUAUGAAUGUACAAAUGAUCUACACGUGUACACCUC